UUUAGGGUUUUUACCCCCGAACUAUUACAUAUGCAUUAUCGUGCCCUCCGAUUUUUUCAGGCCGUUAAAAAAUCCCCCGAUCUAUUCACAGUCAUGUAAAUUAGGACUUCCGUCCAAUUCCGUUCAUUUUUUGUAACGGGAGGAAGAUGUGGUAUUUUUUUUACAUAAUUUGGAAUGACAUGUGUGACUCUAAAGUGUGAGUUGGAUAUUAUAGAGAAAAUAACAAAAAUAAAUAAGAAUAAUUUGUUAUAAACCGAAUUUUACAACAAACUUAGAACCCUAGUUUCAAUUUUCCCCCUUUCUGCCGACUUUGAAGAUAAAUUAUUGCUGCCUAUUGCUCCAUGGAUGGUGGUCGAAGGUUUGAAGAAGAAUGGAGUAAACCCAAUUGUGAUUGUGGGUUUCAGUGUGUACUACGCACUACUUGGACAUUGAACAAUUCUACUAGAAGGUUCUAUGGUUGCCCAAGAUACAAGAGGAAUGAGGUUGAUGGGUGUGGAUUUAUCAGAUGGGUAGACCCUCCAUCAUUCCCUAUACAUGGUGAAAGGUUUAAGGAGGAAAUAGGAGGGUUUUUGAAAAGGUUAGAGGAGAUGGAAUAUAAUGUUAAGCAACUACAUAUUAUGGCUGAAAAAAGAGAAGAAGAACUUGGUUCAAUAUUGAAGUUGUUAAGAGAAUUGAAAUAUGGUAUAAAUAAAAAUGCAAUUGUUCUUGUUGCAAAUGUAUCAAAAUAA